AUGACAAGAAUAAUUGUCAAAGAGUGGAGUGAGCUUAUUUCAGACCCUAUUGGUUUAUCCGAGCAAGAUCAACGAGUUUUCGACCAUAAUGUUCUGCCAUCGGUGAAAGACGAAGUAUCAGUGACAUUGCGACUUAAUGUUAAGAGUUACCCUAAAUUAUGGGGUUUUAUUUUUAUUAAAGGAUCGCACGAAGUCAGACAAAGAACGCCUUCUCUUUCUUUAACAGAAAAGUGUACAUUAUAUCCUCGCUACUCUUCUAACAAGGAUUGGGAUUUAGGAACCGGGCCUCCUGCUCAGACAUUGAGUGAAGAACUUCAAUUAAAUAGAUGGUAUCACAUAGCUGUUACAGUUUCUGACAUUGAAAAAAGAUUGGAUCUAUUUGUGGACGGUAUAAAAAUAGAAUCUGGAUGUAUCGCUCAAGUCAUAAAGGAACAUGUUGAGUUUAAUGAACAACCAUUUAGUGUUGGCCAUACUGGCUCUGUACCAGGGUUUAAUGGUCAAAUAAGCAAUGUUCGUUAUUUCAACUGGCGUUUAUCUGCCGAAGAGGUGAAAAAUGAUUCUCUCGAUUUUGGCAAUGCAAGACAGUAUGGGUUUUUAGUUGAAAGAGUUAAAAAUUCCAAACGUUCUCCAGAUCUCGAUGAUAUACCACUUAAAGAUGGUUUUAAAAUCAGAGAUGCUUAUUCCGGAAGCAUAGAGCUUGUGGGAGACAUUUAUAAUGUAAUCUAUGGGAUAGCAUCUGUACAAAUAGGAGAGGCUAAGCCAGGUGAUUGGGUGUGGACUACUAAUCCCUAG